AUGUCUUUCUACUUUGAUUCAAGAGAAUGGAUGGAUCAAAGGAUUGAUCCUCAGAGUAAUUCUGUUUCAGAAAUGUUUCUUGGAGGGAUUAACGCAUUUCUUCAAUUUGCGUGUAAUCAAGAUGAUUACAAGGAGCGGCAAACGUUAUUGUGUCCGUGUGCUCGAUGCAAAAAUGUGAAGCAACGAGAUGCAAAAGUUGUCUCAAGACAUCUAUUCUUAUACGGUUUUAAGGGAAAUUACUAUGUUUGGACGAGUCAUGGAGAGAAAUUCUACACUGUUGGCGAGAGUUCUGGAGCGAAUCAUUCAACGGGCGAAGAAGAAAUGUGGGAGAAUCCUACUUGGAAUGUUCAUGAAGAUCACUACCAGGGUAAUCCAGAAGUACCAGCGGACAUUGCGCCAACAUACAUACCAGAACCUAUAGAAGAGACGGACGUAGCAGAGCCAUAUCGUGAUAGUGUUUUUGAAGCAUUUGAAGCAGCCAGUCAACCUCUCUACGAAGGAUGUGCAGACGGAAUAACUCAGUUAUCUCUUGCUUCGCGGAUGAUGAAAGUGAAGACAGACUAUAAUUUGGCGGAAGCUUGUGUAGAUGAGAUAUCUGAAGUAUUUAAAAAAAUGCUUCCGCAGCCGAAUAAUGCUCCAGCAACAUAUUACGAGACAAAGAAACUGACACGAGGGCUUGGGUUACCCCUACAGAAGAUUGAUAUCUGCGUGAAGAAUUGUAUGCUAUUUUGGAAGGAAGAUGCAAAUUUGGUUAGUUGUAAGUUUUGUAACGAAGAUCGCUACUACCCGAACAAUGGAAAAGGAAAAAACAAGCCAAAGCAGAGAAUGUUUUACUUGCCUAUUGCAGAUCGUCUGAAACGUCUAUACCAACUCGAGGCGACAGCUUCCAAUAUGCGGUGGCAUAAAGAACAUGUGACUCCGGAAGGCGAAAUACAUCACCCAUCUGAUGCCAUAGCGUGGAAACACUUUAAUGAGGUAUAUCCUGGAUUUGCUGCUGAAAGCCGGAAUAUUUAUCUAUGCUUAUCAACAGAUGGGUUUAAUCCGAUUGGUAUGAAUGGAGAAGCACAUUCCCUUUGGCCCGUUAUUGUAACUCCAUACAAUUUGCCUCCAAGAAUGUGUAUGAAAAGAGAAUUUCUUUACCUUUCGGUGCUAGUUCCGGGGCCCAAACAUCCAAGAAAAAGCUUAGAUAUUUACCUUCAGCCGUUGAUUGAAGAACUACAUAUGUUAUGGAGGGAUGGUGUGGAGGCAUAUGAUAUCUCAAUGAAAGAAAGAUUCAAAAUGCGAGCAGUUUUGAUGUGGACGAUAAGCGAUUAUCCAGCUUAUGGGAUGCUUUCAGGUUGGACGACUCAUGGUCGGUUGUCCUGCCCAUAUUGUCAAGAUGAGACUGGUGCAUUCUGGUUAUCUAACGGAAGGAAACAUAGUUGGUUUGAUUGCCACAGAAGGUUUUUAGAGGCAGAUCAUCCUUACAGAAAAAACACUCAAGCAUUUAGACGGGGAAAAACAGUUUUAGAUCCUCCUCCUCCAUGGUUGACCGGAGAAGAAAUAUUCCGUGAAAGGAUAAACAAUAUAAAAGGUUUAUCAAAAUCAGUUGAUUGUGGAGGGAAUGGACAUGAUAAUCCAUCAAAGACAAUAUCUUGA